UUCAAGAUCACAGCGCCUCUCAGAGCAGCAAAAAAGCGCGAUGACAGAGGGGGAUUUUGCCGCUUUAGCGCUGCUGUCCUCCACCACAGACAACAGAGACACAAAACACAACUCUCUAAUAAAACUCUACUGCAGAAAUGGAGGAUUUCAUCUCCGGAUCCUACCCAGCGGGACGGUGGACGCGAGCCGACAAGACAACGAUAUUCACACUCUUUUGAAGAUAAAAGCCGUGAAAGCAGGAGUUGUGGCUAUCAGAGGUCAUGAGACGGGACUUUACCUUGCAAUGGAUAAAUGUGGAAGACUUUAUGGCACUGCUGUGCUGAACGAAGAGUGUUUCUUCAUUGAGAAGAUGGAGGAGAAUCACUACAACACGUACCGUUCUCAGAGAUAUCAGGACAACGGAGACUGGUUUGUGGGCAUCAGAAAGACCGGACGGACAAAAAACGGCUCCAGAACACACAAGGGCCAAAAUGCAGUCUACUUCCUACCGAUUCCAGUGGAUGGCAGCAUACAGUAACAUUCAGCUCUUCCAUUUAACACAAGAACAAUCAAGACUUGUAAAUACCAAACAUAAAUGUGGAGACAAUGCUUAGUUAGCUGUCUUAUAUAUUCAUGUGAAAUAGCUUAUUAGGAAGUAGUUCAUUAUUAUGUUUAUGAAUAUAUAUGUAUUAUAUAUACAGUUGAAGUCAGAAUU